AUGUUAAUAAAUCUGAGCAGAGGAAUCGCCGAGGAGUCGAUAUACGGUUGGUCGUUGGAGUUGGAAGAGAGCGACCACAGCGUCUACAUGACUGGCUCCGACUUUCUCUUCGACGCCAUCAACAAAGUUGAGAACGACGAGAAGUUGUUGCGGAUCGGUAACGACGAUGUGGCCGAUCUACAGACUUCUUCCUGUAGUUUUGUCGUCUGCUGCAAUAGCAACAAUUUUAAAGGACCGCCAUCCAACGUAUCCUCCCUGACCUGCCACCAACCAAUCGGCAUGGAGGACAUCGAGGAGGUCAAGGACUUUGUACCUGCCACACCUAGGUCAGCAUUCCUUCCAUCUUCUUUCUUCAAAUUUACCAAACGCAACGACUCCGUGUACGCGAAAGUCUACCACCAGCCACCAUCGAACGGCAGUGUCGACAAGGACGCUCUCGGUCUCUCCCUCCUCUCCCCCUUGAACGCCCGCUACAACAACUUGAGGUUCAUGAAGAUGGGUGACGACGGUUACGCAGAACCUGUCGUACAGAAGCUAAGGCGGGUCCAGGCGACCAUCGUCUGCAAAGAUAAAAAGCAACAAGUCAAAGCUAACGAGUACUACGAUCCUUACGGCGUAAAAAAAAUGGAGCAGACCAACGACAACAUAUAUGACGUCAUCGCCACUAACAAUAACAUCAAUACGAUGAACAACCACAACAACAACAAGAACACAGCAGCUGAAUAUUCAGCAGUGCCCUUAUAUACCAACAAGAAUGAACAACAACAACAAACAUUACAACUACUACCAUCAUUACAACAACGCCAACCACAGCAGCAACAGCAGCUGUCCCAGCUACAAAAACUACAACAACGCACACAGCAGCAUCAACAACAACAACAACGUCCACAACAGCUCGCACAACAACAACAACAAUCACGAAAACACGACCAAUCCGACACAGACCAGUUCUUAGACAACAUAUUCAGUGGCAUUGGCGAUGAUGACUCGGGCAGGCAGCACAACGUCACCCCAAAAGACAUCGCUAAGAAGAUAAAGGGUGGCGAUGAUGACAAAAACUUGCCAUCGUCAUUGUCAUUAACAUCUACAGGAUGUUUAACAUCGUGA